AUGUCGAGAAAAUUCAAUGAAGAGGAUACUUUAAAAUUCUUACAACUUUAUAGAGAGCACGAAUGCUUGUGGGAUAAACGUUGCGAUGCAUACAAAAAUAAAGAAAUGCGCACUUCAGCACUAGAACAACUUCGUCAAGUAAUGAAUAUAGAUGGACUUACUAUCAAUGAAGUUAAAUCAAAAAUCAAAAGUAUUCGAAAUACUUACUACUUGGAACUCGACAAAAUCGAAAAAUCUACGAGGUCUGGGGCUGGGGGGAGCGUUUAUAAGCCAAAGGCAAAAUGGUUUGAUGAAUAUGAUUCGUUUGUAAAGCCGAUUACUAUAAGGAGAAAAACCAUAAAUAACAUGGAUACACCAAAUAGCAAUGAACCAGGAUCAUCGAAUAGCAAUGAAUCAGGACCAUCGUUGGUUCCACGCUCUGAAAAUGGAGAAAAUGAGUCGGCAGAAGAGAUACCACAAUUUACCCCACCCACAAAACCUAAGCGGAGCAAGUUAACACAAAUAUCUAACAUGAUAAGUGACUUAAGAGAAAUUAACGACAGCACAUGCGUUGAAGAAACAGAACUAGAUCUAUUUGGAAAAAGCGUCUCGGCACAAUUGAAACAAUUGACAGAGGAAAAAGAUACAGAGGAAAAGAUACAGAGUAUAUUAACACAAUGCAGGCUUACAGAUAUACGAGCCAAGAAUGCGUAUUCUUGUCAAAUGCAAUUGCAAAAUAAUUGGAAUUCUACACAAGUUCUUCCAAGCUUCACAGUACCCCAAUACUCUCUGCCAACAACUACAAUCUGUCCUCCUCCAGAGCCCAGUCCAUCGACAUGUUCUUCUUCGUGUUCCCAGUAUACUACUAAUAUUGUAUCCCCAGAAACUACAUAUAAUUAUGAAAGUUACGGCGAAAGCGUAGACAACAGUGAUGUCAUUCAACAAGCUUUCGAUAAGGCU